AAGAAAAUCUCUUUAUCAUUCAACAUGGCGCUAUUGGAUACAUGUGAAUUGCCACAUAACAUUUUUGCUUUUUUCUAUUUAGUUUUGUAGGGUAGGAAUAGAUAUGAACGAUUUUUUUCUUGUAAUUUUAUCAUUACUUUUGGCGGUGCUUGUUGUGGUACUCUUUGUGGCUUUUGGCUGGUAUUUAUUGUGGGUUCUGGUCUUGAGCAGGUUUAAAUUUGUCAGAGACUUACUGAACAGUGCUAAGGACAGUAAAGAUUCACCACCGCCGAGGCAAUCUAAAACCAAGAAGACUAGAAAAGACUGAUUUUAAUUAAUUAAGGUAUAUUAGCAAUAAGGAUCUACUUACAAUGAAUAUAAGGUGCGCUAAACCAGAAGAUUUAAUGAAUAUGCAGCACUGCAAUUUAUUGUGUUUGCCUGAAAACUAUCAAAUGAAGUACUACUUUUACCAUGGAUUAAGCUGGCCUCAACUCAGCUAUGUUGCUGAGGAUGAAAAUGGGAAGAUUGUCGGUUACGUGCUGGCAAAAAUGGAAGAAGACCAGGAAGAUUUGAAACAUGGGCACAUUACAUCUUUAGCAGUGAAGAGAUCGCAUAGACGUUUGGGUUUAGCACAAAAGCUAAUGGAUCAAGCCUCAGAAGCGAUGGUUGAAUGUUUCGACGCCAAAUACGUAUCGUUACACGUGAGAAAAAGUAACAGGGCUGCCUUGAAUCUCUACAAAAACUCCCUGAAGUUUGAAACUGUUGAGAUUGAACCAAAAUAUUAUGCAGACGGUGAGGAUGCGUAUUCGAUGAGGCGAAACCUGUCACACUUUUCAAGAAAAAAGGACGAUCAACAGAAAGCAGAGGAAUAAUGGGAUAAUUAAAUUUUAAACAAUUAAUGCUCCGAUCAAUUACUAACUGAUUGAUUAUUAUGGAAAUAAAUAUUGGCUUUCGAUCCA